GCAUAGUUAGAAAUAAAAAAAAAAUGUUAUCAAGAGCAGCAAGAAAUGCAUAUUCCUGGUGGUGGGCUAGCCACAUCAGGACCAAACAAUCAAAAUGGCUAGACCAAAAUCUACAAGAUAUGGAGGAAAAGGUAGAAUACAUACUUAAAAUUAUCACAGAAGAUGGAGACUCAUUUAGAACUAGGGCAGAACAAUACUACCGAAAAAGGCCAGAGCUUGUAAAUUUUGUGGAAGAUACUUUUAGGGGAUAUCGGUCUUUAGCAGAACGAUAUGAUCAUUUGUCAAGGGAUCUACAAAGUGCUAAUCGAACCAUUGCCUCUGUCUUUCCCGAAAAGGUACAAAUGUCAUUUGAUGAGGAUGACUAUGAAGAUUUCACAUCGAAUUUGGAUGAAGAUGAGAUGAAAAUCCCUACAAAUUCCAAUGUGCCAUUACCAUUACCUAUGCCACCAAAACGAAACCACAAUCCAAAAAUGGAGAAUGUAGUUCAAGCAAUGAUCAAGCAAAAGUCGAAAAUGCCAACAAAAAUGAUGUCUAAAAGAGGACUCAUCAAGAUAGGCGUUGAUGAAAAAACUUCUAGGCCGGUUUCCAAAAGUUCUGGAUUGAGUAAAGAUGAAGCACUUGAAGAGAUUAAUAAGCUUCAAAAGGAUAUAUUGGGAUUUCAAACAGAAAAAGAGUUUGUAAAAAGUUCAUAUGAAAACACAUUAUCCAAGUAUUGGGAAAUCGAAAACAGUAUCAAUGAAAUGCAUGUUAAGAUUAGUGAUUUGCAGCAUGAGUUUGGAGCGGGUGCAAUGAUUGAGGAUAAAGAUGCACAAACUCUGAUGUCAUCUUCGGCAUUAAAGAUGUGUAAGGAAACAUUGAUCAAGAUGAAAAAUAAUCAUAAACGUUUCCGAAAAGAGGCAAUUGUGCAACACAAAAAGGCUGAUGAGAUUAGGAAAACGUAUGAAGCUUUGAUAGCUUCUAAUAAAAGUAAAUCAGAUUUUGAGGAAACAAUGGAACAUGUUAAAGAUAAAAAGGCAAAGAUUGAAAAGAAAGAUAUGAAUGCUCAAAUGGAGUCAACUGAAAGUCAAACCAUGAACCAAAAAGAAGAUGAAGAUAUAAAAGACAGAGAAUCAAGGAUUAAAGAAGGGAUUUUAGGAAAAGAUGAGCCAAUCACUAUAUCUAAAGUUGCUGAGAAAAUUGAACAACUUGUUGAUAAAAUAAUCAAUUUGGAAACUGAUGUGAUAUCUCAAGCUGCAUUGAUAAUGAGGUUGAAAUUUGAGAAUGAUGAACUUCUUGAGCAACUUCAAAGCCUAGAGAAUGAAAAGAUGAGAGUUGAGGAUUCGAGUGACAUGAGCAUAAAUUUUAAAAGGCUAGAAGAAAGAUUAGAAAUAGUUCAAAUCCUUGAUCACAAAGUUAAAGGACAAAAUUCGAACUUGGAAGCAAGUUUCGAUGAGGUUAGCACUAGCCUUGAUAGUUUGUCUAACGACGUUUUAAUUGCAAAACCAGAUGAAAAUAUUCAAGAAGAUGUUACAUUUCAUGAUGGGAAGGAAGGAAAAUCAGAGUUUUCUAACGUAGAAAAUGAGAAUGGUUUUGGAUCUUACAAGAUUCACCAUUCUGAAGAAAAAGCCGUUGAAGAAAACAAAAUAAAAGAUAACGAUGAACCAGAGGAUUUUGUGGAUCAAUCUACAAAAAACGAUGAAGUGAACGUUGUUGAAUCACGAGAUAUCAACAUAGAAGGGGGACAUCAUCAAGAAUUUUUUGAAACAACAAUCAACAAUUAUAAAGAUGUUGAUUUCAUAUCUGAACACGGCGAACCAAAUUGGAAAUUACUUUUGUCACUCGAAAUUGAGGAUAGAGAGGAAAUGUUACUUAAAGAGUACACAUCUACGCUCAAAAUCUACAAAGAAGUAAAAAGAAAGCUCAAUGAAACUGAAAAGAGGAAUCGUGCAAACUCAUUUAGAUCUGCGGUGCAAAUGAAGAUGUUAAAAAAAUCGAAUGAAUCAAAAGAUUCGGAAAUUAGAUCUUUAUAUGAAAAGUUAAAGCUAUUGGAAAGAAAGAUGGAAAAAAGUAUCAACUUUGAAGUAAAGAAAGCUUCAAAUUUGGUUAAUAUUGAAGAAACAGAAGGAAGAACAACACUUUAUGAAAUAAAAGAAAACAACAAAGACUUUGAGGAAGCUACUAAUUUGAUUGAUGAAACAACACAAGGAGAAGACGAACUUGAUGAUAUAGAGUAUGAAUUAAGAAAAGCAUCGGACGCGAUUGAUGAAGGAACACAUAGGAUAAAAGAACUUAUUGAAAAUGCACACUCUGAACUAAAAAAAGCUCAAGGUUUGGUUGAAGGAGGAACACAAAAAAGAAAAGAUCAACUUGGUGAAACGACGACAAAUGAACCAACGAAAUCUCCAAAUAUGGUUGAUGAAACUACAGAUUUUGAAUUAGAGAAAGAUCAGAAAAACAUUGACAAAGAAACACAAAGAAUCGAAGGAUCAGCUGAUAUCGCUACAGAUUUUGAACACAAGAAAUCCAUAGAUUUAGUUGAUGAAGAGACACAAAGAAGAAGAAAACUUGGAGACAGAAUCGGCGAGGCACAUGAAGUUUUAGACAUUGAGGAUGAAAUACGUACCGAAAUUGAUGAUUUAAGGAAAGAAAACUUAGAGUUAUGGUUAAGGUUUAGUACCUCAUAUCACCAAAUAAACAGGUUUCAAGAUUCAUACAAUGAUUUACUACAAGAGAUAAAAGAUGUGAAAGAAAAGAAGCACAAACAUGAUCAUAAGCAUCAUCAACACCAACAUUCUCAUUAUGUUUCCUCAGAUGUUAGACCAUUAUAUCGACAAUUACGUGAUAUGCAUACAGAAGUAAUUCUAUGGUUGGAAAAAAGUGGAAUUCUAGAGGAUGAUUUACAACACAGGUUAACAUCAUUUUCCGAUAUCCAGAACGAAAUAUCAGGCAUAAGUACUAGCGAAUACUCAAACGCCGAAAAGGCAAUCACAACACCACUUGGUGAACAUCAAGCUGCAAAGUUUCAAGGAGAGGUUUUAAACAUGAAGCAAGAAAAUGCUAAUGUUUUAGAUGAGUUAAGAGUUGCAUCUGAACGGGUCAGAAAAUUACAAGUAGAUUUAGAGAGGACUUUGUCUGAAUUGGAAGCUGAACUUGGUAAGGUCAAAAAGUCAGAUUCUAGCUUAAAAGUUCCUUUUAAGUCUUUCCUUUUCGGGGCUAAGUUAAAGAGAAAGCGUAGGUCUUCAUUGUUUAAAUGUAUGAGUCCCUCAUUGCGUAGACACCGUAGUAGUGAUAUCAAACAACCACCAUCACCACAACCCAAAGAAGAUAAUGUAUAG